AUGGCGAGCGGGCUGCGAGCCCCGAGCGGCCCCGGGGGGGUCCGGGGGGCGCGGGGGGAGCGGGACCCGCUCGGGAGGAGCCUCCGGGGCUUUGAACAGCGCGGGGGGGGAGCUUCCCUGCCCCCCGAGUGCUGGAAACCAGCAAAGCCCGAGCGAUAUUCCCCAAAAUCCGCCUCUGCCUCGGUGAUUUGUGUCCGCUGCCGAAACUCCGCCGGGUUCCGGCUUUUAAGGGAGAAGAUGAGGCCGGGCGGGAGCUGCCGGGAGCUGCCACGCUCGGAGAGACGGAGCAGCCUGCGGGGAGGGCCGGGGUUGAUCGGCUUUGGGGGCUUAUCCCACUGGUCCCAGUCCCAACAUCCCAAGGAGGAAGCAGAGCCCGGGCCGGCGGCGGCGGCGGAGCAGCGGCGGGAGGAGCGGCUGCGGCGGUUCCGGGAGCUGCACAUGAAGCGGUACGAGGCCUGCAAGCUGAACAGCCAGGAGGUGCUGGAGGAGGACAAAAGGCUGAAAUUGCCCCCAAACUGGGAAGCCAAAAAAGCUCGGCUGGAGUGGGAGCUGCAGGUGCAGGAGAAGAAGAAGGAAUGUGCAGCCAGGGGUGAGGACUACGAGAGGGUGAAGCUGCUGGAGAUCAGUGCUGAGGAUGCUGAGAGGUGGGAGAGGAAGAAGAAGAAGAAAAAUCCUGACCUGGGGUUCUCAGACUACGCGGCGGCGCAGCUGCGCCAGUACCAGCGGCUGACCCGGCAGAUCAAGCCCGACCUGGAGCAGUAUGAGAAGCUCAAGGAGCAGUAUGGGGAAGCUCUGUACCCCACCUCAGACAGCCUCCUGCACGGCACCCACGUGCCCUCCAAGGACGGCGUGGACAGGAUGGUGGCAGACCUGGAGAAACAGAUCGAGAAGAGGGAGAAGUACAGCCGCAGGCGGCCCUACAACGACGAUGCCGACAUCGACUACAUCAACGAGAGGAACGCCAAGUUCAACCAGAAAGCUGAGAGGUUCUACGGGAAAUACACGGCAGAGAUCAAACAGAACCUGGAGAGGGGCACGGCCGUGUGAGCCUGGGGGGCACAGCUCUGGCCCUGAUCUCUCCUGGCUCCUUUGUUGCAUUUUCAGACUCUUUUAUUUAAGAGUAUUUAACUUGUAUCAAAAGUAGAUUGUGGCUGUUGCUGUCUCUGCUUGCUGUCUAUUGUACUAGAGGGAAUUUGCAUAAUUGGGCUGGAAAUAGCAGUAGCCAGGUUCUGUCAUUCCUGCUCUAAAUAAACUCUUUGGUCUAA